AUGCUGAAGAUGCAGUCAGGCGAGCUGUUGCGGCCUUUCCAUACCGUGCGAGACACGGAGUCCGGCGCGGUCUGCGUCGGUCCCGUGCCCAGUUUUCGCUCUUUCGGGCAAGACAUAGAAGCGAUGCGAUUCUUCAAUCAAGAUGAAGAGCGUGUGUGCAGCGCUGCCGGUGAGAGCGCGGCCCAUGACCUGCGCCAUGCGAACUGCUUUCCUUCUCGAGACACGGCAGCCGCAGACACACACCGCGCGCCGUCUUCGCUGCUCUCUACUGCAGCUGUUGGGAGGCUCCCGUCCACCACUGCGUCCCCGUAUGCCUUCUCCGGCUGGCCUCUGCGAGAGGAACCCGCGUGCGGCCUUGGGCGGCCGUCGGGUGUACAUACACCGCGCGGGACGCUAGUGAAGACGCCGUGUUCUGUGCGUUCGCGCACGUCUUCUUUCGGCGGAUGCCCGCAUAGUUUUCCUCUCGCGACAGAGGAUCUACAAUGGGGCUUCCAGGGCGAGCAGGCCUUCGGAGUGGUGCAGACAGAAGGCCUCUUCCCUGUGUACACACAGGGCGAGGAGGAUGCCUCGGCGAGAGUGCCGCCGGGCGCCUCGCCUUGCUGUUCGCAGGCUCCGCUCUCUGCGCAGCAGCCGCACCACGCGUUCGCCGCCUGGUCUUCGUCUGUCCAUUCUUUCUGCCUUCGACCGCGAGUCUCCACGUCUGUCGCUUCGGGGAGCCGGACUCCUGCCGGGGCUUCCUGCUGCUCGGUGCGGGGUGACUUCGCGGCAAAACCGUCACGCAAGGCAAGAGAAUGGACUCUCCACCCUCUCGCAACAGCCAGGAGUGCGCCGUCGGCCCCUGUGGCGUCGCCGUUUGCGGCUUCCUCCGCGCACCUUCCGCAUGCGGUUCCUCAUCGAGUCGCCUUUGGCGCCGCCGUGGAGGGAGGGAUCGCAGCGUCGUCUCCCGCGCCAGCCUGCGCGUCCCUAGUGCCCCUUCAGGCGCUUGCAUGUGCGCCGACGCUUGCGUCUGGCGCAGGUGCCUCUCAGCCUCUAUCUGCCCUCAAGCCUCAUGCUCCACCGCGCCCCUUAGGCUCGCCUGUCCUGUCCGCGUAUCCGCCUCUCUCCGCCUCGCUGGUUAGGCGAUCGCCUUCUUCAGGAGGCCUCGCCCUCGCACCGAGGAGCGGCGGGUCGGGAGUACAGACAGAGUGCGCGUCGCUCGAGCGAAGAUCCAGCAACGUCCUGUCAACUUCCUCUUCUUCCCCGUCUUCUCCCGCGCCCCAAGAACACCCAGGCGGCGGCAUCCACGCGGACGACGAGGCCGAAGGGCGAGUCCACGCAGAACGCGCAGAGUCUCGAGCGCCGGAGCUGCGCAGCACGCGAGGCAUGGAGCACGACAGACACACAAGCAUGGAUGGCGGCGACGACGCGAAACUCGCUCACAACGCGGGGUGGCUUUCGAGUGCCGGCGUAUGUACACUGUCAGCGCAGAAGUCUACGUCCGCUGUCGGGGCAGAACAAGCUGAAGAAAUGUCGCCUUUCUUCUGGAAACGCAGCUCCCCCCACGCCCAGCCUCUGACUGACGUGGGACGUUCUCCAAGUGAACGCGUGAACCGAGAAGGAUUGUUCCCUUGUGCUGCUCCCAACUCUGCCGAGGAGACGCGGUGGGGCCACGAUCUGGAUGAGAACAGACAAAGAGAAAAGGGUGGAAGCAUGGCUGUCUCCGCAGCGCUCGCUGCGAUUCCGGCGAGCCCUCUUUCUCACCCGUCUCCGGGUCUACCUCCGGUCACUCUCCUUGAGUCAUCACAGAACUCUUACGGCUCGAGCUCGAAAGACCUGCUGCAAAACGCGCUGAAAGGGAAGGCGCACCGUCCUUUGCCGUCUCUCUCCGCGUGUGUCCCUCCAGCGUUGCGCAUUGCCUGUCUCCCAGCGAAGCCUUGUUCAGGGCUGCAGCAGACGGACUCGAGCCGCCCGACCUCGACGGCGGCUGCGUCGCAUUCCACCUCGUCGGUGGCUGUUCCCGUGCGCGAGGACGCGCUGGAGGCGUCUCUAGAAGAGCCAAGCACCGUCGCGGACUGUCGCUGCCGGCAGCCGCCUCCCUACGCGUGUGAGGAGAGAGACACAGGAAGCUUCUCAGUCCCGGUUCAGGCGGGCGGCGUGAGCCGCGACGCGCCUCUGGCGGCGGAGCGACGCAUACACUGCGUGGAGAGAGUCGAGACGUCUCAAGAGAGAAACGUGGGGCCGGGAGAGAACGAGGAAGGCUGCGAACAGUGCGCCGUCCUUCUUCAGACUCUGGUCUGCGCGGCCGACCGCAUGCAGCGGCAGAUGGAAGACGUCGAGAACAAGGUUCAGUAUCUGCAUGAAGUCGCUGAGCGCGCAAAGACUGCGACGCCGCUCGCUCAAUCGGCGGCGUCUCGAGGCGACCCUGAAGGCGACAGUGACACAGGACACACGCGCCCGCUCGCCUCUGCGCCUGCGUUUUCUCGCUCGCGCGCGUCCUCCCCUCGCAGAGACAGCUGGGCAAGUGGGAACAGUUCCGAGGCGCCGCCAAGGACCGACCCCAGCAGGGCGAACGAAGGAGCGACGGCAGCGCAAGAGGGUCGCGCAGCGCUAGAACGCACGCGCGGCGCGGGCAGAGCGACGCAGCGCUCGAGUAAGGAAGAUGAAGAGUAUCCGCUUCUCCGGGAGGCUGAGACCGGGUUCGAGGCCGGUGCGCGCGACUCUUCCGCAGCAGUCGUGGAGCGACUGCGACGAGAAAAGCAGCAGGUGACGGAGGAGCGGGAUUUCCUCAGAGAGGAAUGCAUGAGCUUACGGCGCUCUGUCGAAGUCCUCUCUCAAAUUCGGCUCUUACUCGAGAAGCGAGUCGCGGAACUGGAGAGUGCGAACCCCGCCGGGAAGCAGAAGACGAAAGGGCCAGCAGCCGCGCGUCGCGGAGGGGCGAAGAGAGUCGAGCAAGAGAGGAGAGCAGCCGAGGCUGCCGUUGCAGCCGCUGGAGAAGAAGCCGCAGCCUCCGCUCUCGAGGAGGCAAGGACGAAGGCGGCAAACCGCAGAGACGCACACGACAGCGAGACUGCGCGUGCGGAAAACACCAACGCCCCAUCGGCAGAAACUAAAAGUUCCGCCUUGGAAGACGUGCGCGAGUCUGACGCGUGUGCGGCUGCCGGAAAGGGGGCAGCUGCAUGCGGAGGGACGCAGAGCGAAGAAGAGCCUCCGCGGCAUUCGCGGCCCGCGGCGCCUCGCGAGCAAGAAGACCGGGCGCCUCACGUCGCUUCAGCGAGCGCUCCCGCUGAAGAAACAGAGGCUCGUCCUCCAGAGGCGAGUGCACCAGCCUCAGGAAGCGACGCACCGAGGAAGCCGAGCUGCGGGCCGGUCUAUCUUAGCAGUCUUCUCGCUUCCUCGGCGUCGACUCGCCUUGCGUCGCCCUCGGCUUCCAUGCCGGCGCCGCUUCUGGGCAGCCUUGGCUUCUCCGAAGAAGACAGCAUGCUUGUGUAUGAGGCAGUCUUCGCUCCGCCGACCGCGAGAGCGUCGCAGAACGACGCGGCCUUCUCGGGUUUCGGCGGGGCUUCGCCGCGAAAGGAGAGUCGAGACGACAGCGGAGCGAGUCGCCACGUUGUAAGUCAAACGAGAGCACCCUUCUCCUCGUUUUCUCCUCUCUUCUCUGCAGAUCAGCGCGACGAUGUGGGGGAGUGGACGCAUUCCACCACGCGCAGCCUUCGCCCCCCCGACGCCACUUCAGCAGCCUCCAACAGGCCCUUAGCGGCUCUACAGGUCUCUGGAGAAAAAGAGGAAAGUCAGGCUCGAGACGGCGAAGGCAAGCGCAGCCCUGUCGUGCGGAGAGGCGUGAGUGGCUGGGCGGCGAGACGAGGCGCAGGGCUCCAAGAAGGCGGAAGGCUCGCCGAGCUUCAGGGGAAGGGCGGCGCCGCGGAGGCGGGCUACUCCGAGGCGCGCGCGGCGAGUGGCAUGGCUUCGAUAGGCUCCGCGACCCCCAGAAGCGUGAGCUCGGCGCGAAUCGGGAUCCGCAGCAUUCGGCUGUCCGCGAGUCUGUCUGCGUCGUCGCUCUCGUCUCUCUCCUCGUCGGCGUCUCAGUCCUCGCUUUCCUCCUCGCUGUCCGUGCCGCUGGUGUCUCCGCUGCUCGAUCGAGCACCGCGACACGAGGCGCAAGCGCAGAUAGCGGGACUCUGA